GAGGACUCAGAGCCAGGGGAACUUGACCAGAGAACGCUGGGACCCGGGGCCCCAUGGCCCUCCCAUCCGAGGCCAGCUAUCUGGAAGACAAAUGGGACGUGGUUUUUUCUUCAAUACAAUGGAUUCAGUUUGUCAUGGCCACUCUCAGCAUUAUAGGAUCAAGUUCAAUCAUUGCCUAUACGAUCUUCCAGAAUAUAAUGAAGUCCCCAGAGGUGAGACCCCUUCUGUGCUUGAGUUUCUCGGACCUGCUUCUGGGGAUGUGCUGGCUCCUGGGAGCUCUGUUGUAUGGAACCCCGAUGGCCGAUGAGGAUGUGAUCUGUUAUAACCUUCAAGCCACAGGUCAGAUCUUCUACAUCUCGUCCUUUCUCUACACUGUCAACUACACGUGGCACCUUUACAUGGACCUGAAGGUGAAAUACAACCAGAAUAUUUACUCAGCCUCCACAAUGGACUACAGCUCCAGAGCCCGGUGGAUAGCCGUUGUUUUGUCCAGCCUAAUCCCUCUGCUGUUGGUGGUCCCUGUAUUCUGCCUGGGAAACAGCAAUGAAUGUUUCCGUAACUUCAGCCAGAGUCAUAGGUGUCUGCUGAUGCACUCGCCACCCCCGGCCAUGGCUGAACUCCUGCCCUCCACCAGCACCUCCGUCUGCAGGACUCUCUACUUUUACGGGCUCAUCGCCUUCCUGACCAGCUUCCUGCUCAGUCUCCUCACUAUUGUGAUCCUACUCAUCCGGGCUCAGAUGCUAUAUAAGAAGUUUGUGAAAUCCACUGGCUUCCUGGGAGACGAGCAGUGGGCUGUGAUCCGCGUGGUCGAGCAGCGAGUGUGUUUCUAUCCAGCCGCCUUCUUUUGCUGCUGGGGUCCAGCCGUCAUCUUAGUGAUCAUAAAACUGACCAGGCCGGAGAGCACCCAGCUGCACAUGGCCCUCUACAUUCUCCAGGCUCUGACAGCAGCAUCUCAGGGGCUGCUCAACUGUGGGGUCUACGGCUGGACACAACACAGAUUCCACAGGCUGAGGCGGGAGACCCGGAGGGACGUGGACACCCAGACCCCCCUGCUUCGCUCCCAGAAAAGGUUUUACACGGGAAGUCUGGCUGCCCCAGAAUCUAGACCCACUUCAGCAAAUGCUGCCUCUACUGUUCUCUGAAAUUUGAGUGGAGCCAGCAAGACAGGGACAGUGUGCAGGACUUUCCCGGGCAGUGAUGGGGAAAAGGGCUGUGGGAUGCAGCUGCCAAGAGUUGCUCGGAACUCUGUUUAUCCCCAUUGUUCUCCUCCUCUCCCAGUCCCCCCAGCGUUUCAGGCCUCUGAAGGUUAUUGGAGUCUGGAGAGCAGUGACUUGGGUCAUCGUAACAUUCUAUUUCCCCUUCAAUCAGUCCCGUUCAUUUCUAGUUGUGAAGAUCUCUGUUCAGGGAGAUGUGUCCACUUUCACCUCUUGGGAUGGCUAUUAUUACCUCAGGAAGGCUCCGAAUUGGGGAACUCUCUUUAGGAAACAAUAAAGCCCCAGAGAAUUAUUUAUAGAUGUUAUUGUUAGAUGUACAACUCUGUUCCCUUGGAUAAGGGGAGGAAUAAACACUUACUUCCUCCAACACCUUGUUGGAGAUUAACCACAACAAAGAA